UGUCUGUCUGUCUUCCACCUUAGAAGUGCGAUUUGUGUUCAAACUGAAAAGAUACUCAUGUUUUUUAACUGUGUACCUAUUGAUAUUUCUAACUUUGAUAACAUGCUUUGGGAAAACUUUUGAAAGACGAAGAUUAAAUAUAAAAGUUUGGCUUUGGAAGUACGAGAAUGGGACAUUUGCGGAGGGCAAUAAAGAUGGAUGAUAUACCGGAUAUACCGGAAGAAGCGAAAUGCAUAGUGGAGACGAAAGAAGGUCCAGUUUGCGGAUACUCAGAACCGACCGAUGAAGGUAUUUGUUAUAGGUUUAAAAGUAUACCUUACGCUAAACCUCCACUAGGCAACUUACGGUUUUUGCCACCAUCUCCAGUUUUACCAUGGACCGAAGUUCUAGACUGCACGAAAGACGCACCCUUGCCUCCCACAUUUUCAAUGAGCCAAAAUCGCGUAACGGGAUCUGAAGACUGUCUAUACAUAGAACUUUCCACACCAAACUUAAAGCCUGAUAAACCCAUAUCAGUAAUGUUCUGGAUCGGAGGUUUUGGCUACAGCUGUAUUAUAGAUAACAUUUUUGAUACAUCGCUAAUAACGGACCAGAAUAUUGUAUUCGUAAGAUGUGGCUACAGAACCGGGGCAUUAGGAUUUCUAUCGAUUACUGACUACGCAGCGCCAGGGAACUGCGGACUUAAAGAUAUAGUCAUGGCUCUGAAAUGGGUGCAAAGGAAUAUAAGCUUCUUCGGCGGCGACCCACACAAUGUCACAAUUUUCGGAAGUUCAUCAGGAGGAGCCGCCGCUAAUUUCAUGAUGUUAUCUCCAAUGGCCACAGGACUGUUCCACAAAACGAUAAUACAAAGCGCAUGUGCAUUAAAUAAUUGGUCUCUGUCUAAGAAUCCAUCAGCAACUGCUAUAGAACUGGCUAAGAAAUUCGGCAUUGAGAAAUCAUCAAAAACAGAAGUCAUUGAAGAGCUUCGACACGUAGCACUGGAUGACCUAUUAACAGGAUUUCAGAACUGUCGAUUUGUUUUAACUGAUGGAACUGAUAAAGAUAUCAUUGACACAGUGUUCAAGCCAUGUAUUGAAGUAGACCUAGAAGGACAAGCCUCAUUCAUCACAAAAAGUCCACUAGCAAUUCUGAAAUCUGGUAGGUUCAAUAAAGUGCCCUGUAUUAUUGGUAGCAAUAACGUAGAAGGAGCACUAUUACAACACGUCGUAAAAGACUUUUAUUCUAAUUUCGAAACGUUUAAUGCAAACGUCAGGCUACUUGUACCAAAGGAAUUAGCGAGAACGGAUAAACUAUCAGAGAAUAUAGGACAUCAGUUGUUAAAGUUUUACUUGGAUGGUGAAACGCAUUUGAGGGAGGAUACGAUGCCACAAUUCUUACAAAUAAUAAGUGAUUAUUAUUUUUCAUAUUAUGUAAAUAAGACUGUAAGACUGCUAUGUGAGACAACGUCAUCGUGUCCGGUGUACUAUUAUAUCAUCAACUACGCUGGGGAGUGGUCAGUGCCGAAGCAGUACAAUUUCUUCAACUCAACCGGCCAUUCAUCUGAACUGCCAUUCUUAUUCCGUAUUAAAAUGCCUGAAUUAUGCAAAGGCAGUCGAGAUUCUAGGGUAACACGGAGAAGAGUUAUCAAAAUGUGGACAAAUUUCGCUAAAUUCGGUAAUCCGACACCUGAUGAGGAUGACCCACUAUUGUCGAUAACUUGGGACCCCGUCGAGAACAAAGAUAGGCUCAAUUACCUCAGUAUAGGAUCGGAAUUAACGAAGGGCAGAAAUCCCUUCCAAGCACGAAUGAAGUUUUGGGAUGAUCUCCAUAAAGAACACGCAUUUCUUAGAGCACUUGUGUAUUUCAACGAUUCUGGAUACUCCAACUAACGUUAUUUUUAAGUUAAGAUAGUUAAGCUUUGUUUCUCGAACAUCUUCGUGGACAGUGAUGUAAACGAAUUUAUUGUUUUUAUUGUGUCUCUUGAAUUGGAUCUUAUAAGAAAUUACGAGUACCUUCUUUGUUAGAAUUAAAUAUCUUGUUAGAGAAAA